GCCCCGGAGGGGCCGUGGAUAAAAAAAAUAAUUAAAUCGUGCUCACGAUUUGCUAUUCGUGCUCACGUUUUCUUUAAAUCGUGCUCACGUUUUGCUAUUCGUGCUCACGUUUUCUCUAAAUCGUGCUCACGUUUUGCUAUUCGUGCUCACGUUUUAUUUAAAUCGUGCUCACGAUUUACUUUAAUUCGAGUGAACGAUUUUUCAGUUCGUGCUCACGAUUUGAAAGCAUGCAAAAAUAAAAAAGUUCCCCCAGCCUUUUUUUUCCAGUUCAUUCGCAACACAGGCGUUGUUCUCUCCAGACCGGGCAACAUACAAUGAUGAAAGUAAGUUAAAGACGUUUAUUUUAUCAAAUGCUUUGAAGCACGCCUGCUCAUAUUUUAUGUUUAUGCUGUGCUGAGUGUUUUGUGACCAACUGGCGUCCGCUCGUGGUUUGAGAAGGUUCAAGCUCGAGCCGAGCCGAGCCCCACAUCAGGUAGCGUUUGCUAGAAACUUGUGGCUAGCCAGAAGCCAAAUGCUUCCAAUUGUGAAUUUCAUUAGCUAGCUAGCGAAUAUAUAAUUCCUAUUUGUCCACAAAGACGGUUAGCGUUCAAGUUAACCCUAAUUUCAAGGUAAGUUCUGUAUUUUGACGCUUAACUAUCCACUUUUGCUAACUGGUUUAGAUGGUCUAUGUAGUUAAAAAGCUGGCCAGCCAGGUAAAAACAUACCCUAUACUGGCAAGCUAGCUGGUUACCCAUUUCAUCAGCAUGUUUUAUUUAAAUUUGAUAAUACUUGACCAUGCCGGGCAUAAAUCUUACAGUAUUAACUUUCUUUAUUCGAUUAAAUGUCAUAUUUUGGGUUAAUUAUUUUCAUAUAUCUGAAAUACAGAAUAGAAAAUAUUCAUGUUUUAUAUUGUUUUAAUAAACAAGUUUUCACCCCUAUUAAUUGCAAAUGUUUUGGGACGCAGGCUUUUAUUUCAAAGAAGGACACAAGGAGCCUGAGGCAGGAAAGCAACAAUGUGAAGUUUAGUAAUUUAGCAUUCCAUUUUAUUGGUAGAAAAUGCUAACAGCUAAUGACAACACAGCUAAAAACUAUUACUGGCAGUACUAGGACAGGUAUACAAAGACCUUCAAAACUACACUGCCAUCUAUGUGAGACAGUGUAGACAACAGCAUAUCAAGUCAGCAUUUCUUGCUGACUUCUAACCAGCUUUUUUUCUUUUUUUACCAACGUUUUUCUUCCAGAUAUUCACAAACAUAUAAAACUGCACUUCUCUUAAAUUAUUUGUAAAAUACUGUUUGUUGAAAAAUCUGUUUUUUGCUGACACCUAAAAAAAAGUAUGGCAAUACCAGCUUUCUUUAAAAAAAUUACAAAAUGUGCAGAAAAGUGUGCUUCCUGUAAUCUUUCAAUGAAUGUUGUGUGCAAACAGUUACUGAAACCAUAUCAGUAUCAGUAAACAAUGGUAAUGUAUUGGAUAUUUUAUUUUGGCAGUAACAGUCUACUUGUGUUUAUAGAAUGGAUGAAGAACUGAAGAGCUUCUUAAGAAAAAGAAACAUUGAAGAGGAAUGCAUACAACAACUUGAGAAAGAAAAGAUCGAUACGUCUGUAAUCCCUUUGAUGGCUGACAAAGACCUUGCAAAAUACUUUCCAAAAGCUGGAGACAGAGUGUCUGUUGUUGCAUUCUGUCGACAAACAGACACGUCAGUUGACCCCAAACUCAGAAAGGAGUCUAUUUUAGCACGGUUGCGACGUAGACUGUCCCCAAGAGAUGAAGACACUGGCACUCCAUCCAGCAAAAAAAGAAAUCUCUGGACGGGUAAUAAAAGUGCACAAAAGCAGCAAAGACGAAUAGAAGUUGGAUGGAUGGAUUUUGAUGCAAAAGAUCAAAGAUACAAGCAAGUAAAAUCAAUAAAUGGUGGUGGGACAAGACAGCUCACAGUAGACAAAGGGACAACUGUGGAAGAAAUUAGAGAACGUGCUGAGAGUUUGUUUUUCCCGAAUGGGGUGUCCAAGAAGAAAAAGCUGGCUUCCUUCAUCACAGAAAUACAAUCAUCUCAAAUUGAGGUCAACAGCUCAGAUACUGUCAUUCAGUUAUAUGAGAAAAGUGGAGUAAGGCUGCUGAGACUGUAUCUCUGUACAAAAGUAAGGAGAGAUACACCCACUGAAGACCCAGAAGACCAACAUUCCCAGCCAACCGUUGACCUUACAGGCAGUGAAGAUGAACAACAAAUUGGUGAUGGAUGUGAGGAAGAUCUUGAUCUGGAAGUAAUUUUUGGAGCAGGCGAGAAUGAUGGUGUAUCAUUAGAUGACACCAUACCAUGUGAAACUCCAGUUGAGCCUCCUACAGUCCCAGAACUCCAGAUAAUCCUGUCACAGACGUCAGAGGGUCCUGUUCCUGUAAUACAAGGCCAUGAAAUAAACCAACCACAGAUGCCAAUGGCCACUGUUCCUGUUAUACUAGAACUUGAAGUCUUCCAGUCACAGAUGCCAGUGGACCCUGUUCCUAUAAUGCCAGAACUUGAAGUGAACCAGCCAGGUGACCAUGUUCCUGCAAUGUCAGAAGUCACAAUGAUUCAGGAGCCACAACUGCAAGCUGCUUUGGACACUACAGUGCUGCAUCCUGUUCAUGUUCUUGGAACUCCAGAACUUACAAUGACUGAGCUGCUACAUACGCCAGAACAACUGGUACCUGAUUAUCCUGAACCUGCAGCUGAAACCCUAAUCAUUCGUCGAGGACAUUGUCUCCUUGACCUGAUUAAUGCUUUCAAAAAUCCAGCCAUUCUACACUCCAAGGUCUCCAUUAAGAUGCGUCUUCCAAAUGGAAAACUUGAAGAAGGGGAAGGAAGUGGUGUUUUAAGGGAUUGCUUAACAGAAUUUUGGACAGAAUUUUAUGAGAGAUGCACUUUGGGCAUGGAUGUGAAAGUUCCCCUUAUUAGGCAUGACUAUCAGUGUGACGAGUGGCAGGCAAUUGGCAGAAUUUUUGUAGUAGGAUGGUUUCAAGCACGCUACUUCCCUGUACAACUGGCCGCUCCAUUCCUAGAAGUAGUUCUGUAUGGCACAAGUGCAAGUAGCCUAAAGGAUGCAUUUUUGCAGUAUGUCUCUGCACAAGAAAGAGAGAUCCUUCUCAAUGCUUUAAAAGACUUUGAGUCUGUCGAAAAUGAUGCUUUGUUAGAUGCCCUUGAGGCCCAUGAGUGUCACCAGGUUCCUACCAAAGAAAAUUUGGUCCCACUGCUAUCACAAAUGGGACACAAGGCCCUUAUACAGGCACCAAUGUACAUUAUUGAGUGUUGGCGUCCAAUUGUAGAAGAGCUAGCAAAUGAUGUUCCACCAGAUGCUCUGGACGGUAUCCUAAAGAAGAAAAUUCCAACAGGAAAGGCAGUGAAGGAUCUCCUUUUCUUCCCAGAAGAAAUGAAUGCAUCCCAAUCAUUAGUAGCCCGAUAUCUAAAGAGAUACAUAAGUGAACUUGAUUUGCAUACACUUCAACUAUUCCUCCGUUUUUGUACUGGUUCCAAUUUGAUUGAUGGGCCGAUUACUGUGGAGUUUAUUGAGACAUCCGACUUCCAAAGAAGACCACAGUCGCACACAUGUGCCAAGAUAUUAAAGUUGCCAAUAGGAUACCAAAAUUAUCCUGACCUUCGCAGUGAUUUUAAUAGCAUACUCUCAAGCUCUGUGUGGGUUAUGGACAUUGUUUAGAUCAGGUUCCAUGUAGAUACACAACACCACCAAUAAAAUGUGUAGGGCAGAGGGUUUCCCAGGACCAGGAUUAAUCACAAAGUGCCGGGUUACAGAUUCCCACAAAUGGUCCUAGAAAUUGUACCCAUAUGGUUUACCAUAUUGAAUCACUCUGUAGCCUUGCGAUUUGUAAAUAAUCCCCUCUGCCCUGCAUAUUUUAUUGGUGUCCCU